GUGUGCUGACUGGAGACCCCCGCCCUGCUUCAGGGGAGCUGAGGGCUGCCCUGGAAGCCUGCAGGAUGGAGGGGGCGAGUGAGGAAACUCUGGCAUCUGUAUCCAGUCUGGUGACUGUGUUUGAGAAUAGCAGGAUGACAGGAGCCCACGGCCUGGAAGCUGGGCAUCAGCAGCCUGGGUGCAGGUCUCCUACAUCUGCAGAGCCCUGCGAGAAGCCCACCGAGGAGGAGGCCCUGGAGUCCGGGCCCAGGACCAUCAGCAGGAGGUACCUGAGCUCCCUGAAGAACAAGCUGUCCAGCGGAGCCUGGAGGAAGUCUUACCAGCCCAGGACCUGCCCUGGUUCAGGGACACAGGAGCCUGAGGAGAAGAAGAUUGUCCGGGAGCUGCUGGAGACCGAGCAGGCCUACGUGGCCCGCCUCCACCUGCUGGACCAGGUCUUCUUCCAGGAGCUGCUGAAGGAGGCCCGCGGCAGCAAGGCCUUCCCUGAGGACGUAGUCAGGCUCAUCUUCUCCAACAUCUCCUCCAUCUACCAGUUCCACUCACAGUUCUUCCUCCCAGAGCUGCAGCGGCGGCUGGAUGACUGGACCACCACCCCCCGCAUCGGUGAUGUGAUCCAAAAGCUGGCGCCCUUCCUGAAGAUGUACAGUGAGUAUGUCAAGAACUUCGAGCGAGCCAUCGAGCUGCUGGCCACCUGGACAGACAAAUCUCCACCCUUCCAGGAGGUUAUCACCCGCAUCCAGAGCAGCGAGGCCUCAGCUAGCCUGACCCUGCAGCACCACAUGCUGGAACCUGUGCAGAGAAUCCCACGCUACGAGCUGCUGCUCAAGGAGUACGUCCAGAAGCUGCCAGGCCAGGCCCCAGACCUGGCUGAUGCCCAGAAAGCCCUUGACAUGAUCUUCUCGGCCGCUCAGCACUCUAAUGCAGCCAUCACUGAAAUGGAGCGGCUGCAGGAACUGUGGGACGUGUACCAGCGCCUGGGCCUGGAGGACGAUAUAGUUGACCCCUCCAACACCCUGCUCCGCGAGGGUCCCGUCCUCAAGAUCUCCUUCCGCCGCAGCGGCCCCAUGGAGCGCUACCUUUUUUUGUUCAACAACAUGCUGCUCUACUGUGUGCCCAGGGUCAUCCAGGUGGGCGCCCACUUCCAGGUCAGGACCCGCAUCGAUGUGGCCGGCUUGAAGGUGCGGGAACUGACUGAUGCAGAGUUCCCCCACUCCUUCCUGGUGUCCGGGAAGCAGCGAACCCUGGAGCUGCGAGCCCGGUCCCAGGAGGAAAUGAUCUCCUGGUUGCAGGCCUGCCAAGACGCCAUUGACCAAAUUGAGAAACGGAAUGAAACCUUCAAGGCUGCAGUCCAGAGCCCUGAGGGAGACCCCCAGGAGCAGCAGCUGCAGUCCGUGGAGCUGGGCCUCCGGGCGCCCCAGUGGGUGCGGGACAAGAUGGUGACCAUGUGCAUGCGCUGCCAGGAGCCCUUCAACGCCCUGACGCGUCGCCGCCACCACUGCCGGGCCUGUGGCUACGUGGUGUGUGCCAGGUGCUCGGACUACCGGGCGGAGCUUAAGUACGAUGCCAACAGGCCCAACCGGGUCUGCCUCGACUGCUACACCUUCCUCACCGGAAACGUGCUCCCUGAGGAAAAGGAGGACAAGAGACGGGGCAUCCUGGAGAAAGGAGCCGUGGCGGGGUCCGAGCAGAGCCUGAUAUGCAGCUUUCUGCAGCUUCUGGGGGACAAAUGGGGCAAGAGUGGGUCCCGGGGCUGGUGUGUCAUCCCCCGGGACGACCCCCUCGUGCUCUACGUUUAUGCUGCCCCUCAGGACAUGCGGGCCCACACCUCCAUCCCCCUGCUGGGCUACCAGGUGACCGCUGGGCCCCAGGCGGACCCCCGGGUCUUCCAGCUGCAGCAGUCAGGCCAGCUCUACACCUUCAAAGCCGAAAGCGAGGAGCUGAAGGGCCGCUGGGUGAAGGCCAUGGAGCGGGCGGCCAGCGGCUGGAGCCCUGGGGGGCCCGGUGACAAGGACCUGUCUGACUGA